AGGGCACGUUACAGUAGAGCACCUGUGCUGCACGUGUGAACACUGAGUUUCCCCCACAGGAGCAGCGGAAUGAAGACCAGCUUUCAAGAUUUGAAUUGGAGACUACUCUCGAAGAGGCACAAGCUGCUGUGCCUUACGCCAUUGCAUUCCACAUAAGCCAGCCGCAAGAGUGCACAAACAUGAUGAUGCCUUGGAUUUAGCCGGCCCACAUGAGUGAUAUGAAUAACACACUGGACGGAAUACACACUUCUGGAAGCCUCGGAGAGAAAGCAGAGAUUUUUCAGAGUGGCAAUGGUAAUGUGAGUGGCUUCCCCAGCCCAGCCCUCAUCCCUUUGCGAGCUCCUUUACCAACACCAAAUGCCCAGAAGAUCAGGACUACGCUCUGCAAGGGGAACAGGAGCAUUAAAGAGGGAGAGGAGUCAUUCUCUUCUCCUGUUCCAAACCCUUUUCCUGAGCUUAUCGCCUCAACCCUCUCCCCCCUUGUCUCUGAAUGUUUAUUACCAUGGACCAAAAGUAGUGCAACUCAGGUAAUCAAAGUUUAUAGUGAAGAUAACACCAGCAGGGCAGUAGAGGUUCCCAGCGACAUCACUGCCCGGGACAUAUGCCAGCUGUUUGUCUUGAAGAACCACUGCAUCGAUGACCACAGCUGGACUCUUUUUGAACACCUGUCUCAUCUGGGUAUAGAGAGAACCAUCGAAGACCAUGAGUCUGUUAUGGAGGUGCUAUCAGGCUGGGGAAUGGACACAGACUGCCGGCUGUAUUUUAGAAAAAAUUAUGCUAAAUAUGAAUUCUUCAGGAAACCCUUGGACUUUUUCCCGGAUCACAUGGUCUCCAUAUCCAGUGAAACCAACGGGAUGGUGGAUCACAGUCAGCUCAUACAGACCUUUCUCAACUCCAGCACUUGUCCAGAGAUUCAUGGACACCUCCAUGCCAAAGAGCAAAGCAGGAAGUCUUGGAAGAAGUUUUAUUUUGUCCUGCGGAGGUCGGGGCUUUAUUUCUCCAAUAAGGGAACUUCCAAGGAACCAAGACAUCUCCACUUAAUUGCUGACUUCAGUGACAGUGAUGUCUACGCAGUAUUGUCAGCCAAGAAACUUCACGGAGCACCCACAGAUUAUGGAUUCUGUGUCAAGUCUACAAAGUGUAGUUCAGCCCGGGACUUGAAGCUGCUUUGUGCGGAUGAUGAGCAGACCAGGACCUGCUGGAUCACAGCCAUGCGCUUGUUAAAGUAUGGGAUGCAAUUGUACCAAAACUUCAUUCAGCCACACCAGAAACAAAAAGCUUCGCCAAUGAGAAGCAUCUCAGAGAAUUCGCUGGUGGCCAUGGACUUUUCUGGCCAAAAGAGCCGAGUGAUUGAGAACCCGUCUGAGGCGCUGUCUGUGGCUGUAGAGGAAGGCCUGUCAUGGAGGAGGAAGAGCUGCCACCGUCUGAGUGGCCACGGGAGCCCGUCCACCUCGCAGAGCUCAAUGUCGAACAUAGCUCUCCACCUGGCUCAGUCCUGGUUCCACGGCAAACUGUCUCGGGAUGAGGCUCAGCGUCUAAUCACUCAACAGGGUCUUAUCGAUGGAGUAUUUCUUCUGAGGGACAGCCAAAGCAACCCUAAGACGUUUGUACUGUCGCUGUGCCACAUGCAGAAAAUCAAACACUUUCAGAUCUUACCUGCGGAUGACGAAGGGGAGUUAUUCUACAGUCUGGAUGACGGUCACACGCGGUUCACUGACUUGAUCCAGUUGGUGGAGUUUUACCAGCUAAACCGAGGGGUGCUGCCCUGCAAGCUCAAACACCACUGUGCCCGGAUCACCUUGUGAACAAGGGACCCAAGAGACCCCAAGGGCCCACAUGCACCUUAACUCCAGGGCCUUUCUAAACUAACACUCCCAGUGUUCUUGUGCCUUGAAGAUAUACAGACCGAACAGCCACGCUUACUGAAACCACUGUUGUCAUCCACCAUCAUCCACAUUCACACUGUACUGCAUUGUCCCUCCUUUUUUUUUUCAUUUUGAGAAAAAGCUGAAUUUGACAACACUUGUGAUAGCUGACCACAUGUGCUAAAGACGAUGUACAGUUUUGUCUGCUCAGUGUUAUUCUCUGGCCCUGUUAAGUGCCCAUGUGUGGCUGUAAAUCCAUUGUGCAUAAUCCAGACAUGACGUAUUGUGCAGCGUGUUUCGGAGUUGAACGUGUGCUGCAGACAGCUUGUGAUUCUGACACCAUCGUGGCAGCAGUGAAACAAUGUCGUGUUUUUUUCUUAUUGACAUACAAUAGUUGGAAUUUUAGUUUUACUGAAAACAUUUUAAUCAAAUGUCUUCUGCAGUACGAUAAUUUUUUUUUUUUUUUAUUUGAAACCAUAUCAUGCUGGGAAUUGUAGUGCACAAAACCUCUUUCCUGUCACAUUUGAGUAACACUAAGCUAUCUUACUUUUCAUUGUAUGUCUAAGUAUUCAGGGUUUGUUUUGUUUUUUUAAGAACAUGAUUGUUGUUUUCUGUUUUAGAGCUAAAACGACCUCUCAGGAAAUGUCACUGCACAUGCCCUGUAAGCUGGACUGAAACUGCUGUGGAGAGAAAAGGAGAGGUAAAUGUACAGGUGAAGAGAAAUGGCACACAACCUCACUAGCCUGCACUGUACAUUCAUUUUUAAAUGUAUGUGAUUAAAUGACAUGUUUGUAUUACAUGAAAUUAGUUGUGAGCUCGCUCUAGAGCGAGAGCAGUGAAAUGUAUUUCACCAAUGUUAGAUAUAAGCCAUUAAGAUGGAAAACAGUAAUGAUGUAUGACUGAUUUUGAUCAUAUCUGAAUUCAGUGUAUAUUUAAAUUUAGGUUUUAUAUUUUCCAAAGAUUCAUGUAUAGCAAAGCCUGGGUUUGCUGUAUUUUAGUGGUAUUGCCACUGCUGUGGAUAUACAGUGUCAGAUAUUGUUUUCAAAAUAAUGCAUCAGCUUUUAAAACAAGGUAUUAUAAAUGACCAUCUUCUGUUAGUUGUUUUUUUCUUCUUUUUUUUCCAGCUGGACAACAGUGCAUUGAACAAUGAAUGUCAUGGACUGCAUAGUUUUAUAUAUAAACAAGUCUUGUUUGUAAUGUAUGAUUUGUAUGAUUUAUUGUUACAUUUAGUAAUAAGCUGCAAGGUAAACAUGCUGUCAGUUACA